AGGGUUUUAGAGAGAGAAGUUAGUGAGAGAAAGAGAUGGGUGCGGAAGAGAUGUUCCGUUUGCAGGACGAACCCUCUUCUCUCUCUUGCCAGUUUUAUCAGAUGCAUGUACUCGCUUCUUCUCUUCUCCACCCCCUUAUAUUCAACGCCCCACCACCACCCUGCAUUUCCCAUCAAUGCAUUCAUGACGCCACCUUCUCUAUCCUAGAGAGGAAGCCCGCCAAAGAAGCAAGACACCCUGCAUUUCAAGAAGCUAUCAGCCAUUUAAAGAGAGACUCACUGUGCCUCUGUGUCUCGGACCAAGCUUUCUUCACUUUAGAGAGAGAAAGCAUUAGUAUUUGGAGUGUGCCUGGUUGAAGUUUUCGUAGAGAUAGCUAGAGUAUCAUUGUAGAGAGAGAAAGUGAGAGCCAUUUUGAUGGACUGUGUGUGCAAGCAACGGGGGAAAGGGUCACAAGACCAACACCAACACCUUAUCAGUUUCUGGGUCAGUGGGCCUGUAAUUGUGGGUGCAGGACCCUCUGGUCUUGCCACGGCCGCUUGCCUAAAGCAACAGAGCGUCCCCUCCAUUAUUCUAGAGAAAGAAGAUUGCAUGGCCUCCAUGUGGCAAUACAAAACAUACGGCCGCCUGAAACUCCAUUUGCCCAAGUAUUUUUGCGAGCUCCCAUUAAUGGAGUUUCCUCAAACCUUUCCAACCUACCCCACAAAAGAACAGUUCAUUUCUUACAUUAAUGCUUAUGCAGAGAGGUUUAAUAUACGCCCGAGGUUUAACCGCAGGGUACAGUCUGCUUGUUAUGAUUCAGGGUUGAAAAGAUGGAGGGUGAGGACUGAAAUGGUUAGAGAGAGAGAGUCUAUAUUAGUGGAGUACAUAUGCAGGUGGCUGGUAGUCGCAACAGGGGAGAAUGCAGAGCCAAUGGUGCCUGAUUUGCCUGGUUUGAGCUCUUUCAAAGGCAGAGUGGUUCAUACUAGUGAUUACAAGACUGGUUCAGAAAUGGAGGGGCAAAAGGUUCUGGUUAUUGGGUCUGGUAAUUCAGGCAUGGAGGUUUGCCUUGACCUCUGCAACCACGAUGCAAAGCCUUUCAUGGUGGUUAGGAACAGUGUGCAUGUAUUGCCCAGAGAGAUGUUUGGGCUGUCGACAUUUGGGGUGGCAAUGGGGUUGUUGAAGUGGCUUCCAUUAAGGAUGGUGGACAAGUUCUUGUUAAUGGCUUCACAUGUAAUACUGGGGAGCACAGAGAAACAGGGGUUGAAAAGGCCUGAAAUGGGACCUAUAGAGCUCAAGAACACUACAGGAAAGACCCCUGUUUUAGAUGUGGGGGCCCUUGCAAAAAUCAAAAGUGGAAAGAUCAAGAUUGUUCCUGCCGUGAAGUCUCUGACAUUGAAUGGGGCCAAAUUUGUGAAUGGGCAAGAAGAGGCUUUUGAUUCAGUGAUUUUAGCUACAGGUUACAAAAGCAACGUCCCUUCUUGGCUAAAGGAGAGAGAAUUAUUUGGGGAAGAAGGGUUACCAAGAAAGUCAUUUCCCAAUGGUUGGAAAGGGGAGAAGGGUUUGUACAGUGUGGGUUUCACGAGGAGAGGAUUACUUGGUGUGGGGUCGGAUGCAAGAAAUGUGGCUCAGGACAUAGGGGCACAAUGGAGAAAUCUUGGAGAGAGGCCGCACCACCAUAAACAUUUCAUCCUAUAUACAAAACCCGGCUAAAUUAGAGAGAGUAAGGGGGUCGUUUUAUUUUAUGGAGAAGAAAGGAAAAGCUCUAUGCGGACUCAUACUCAUUUUGUUGG